AUGGCGGCGGCGAGCGGCGGGGGGCUGUGGCUGGGGGCGGCGGUGGGGCUGUGCCGGGCGGUGCGGAGCGUCUGCGGGCGGGCGGCGGAGCCGGAGCUGAGGGCUGAGCAGCUGGCGGAGCGGCUGCGGGAGCGGAGGAGUGAGGGGGAGAAGCAGGAGGUCCCUAAAGAUCCGGCACAGCGCCGGGUGCAGGAAUUUGCCAAGCUGAGCAAGAAGCUGCAGCAGGUUCACCCCAACGUCCUCGCCAAAGUGCUCAAGCAGGAAACCAUCUACCAGAAUGAGGAGAUUGUGGUCAUCAACAAGCCCUAUGGCAUUCCCGUGCAUGGUGGCCCCAGGAUCAAGAACUGCAUAAGUGAUGUGCUGCCUGUUUUGGCCAAGAUGUUGGAGAACAUGAGAGCUGAACCCCUCCACCUCUGCCACCGUCUGGACAAAGAGACCACGGGCCUGAUGGUGCUGGCACGAAACAAGGAGGUGGCUGACAAAAUCCGUCUGCUCUUCAAAACCCGUCAGGUGGAGAAGUUCUACUGGGCGAUCAGCCUGGGGGACCCAGAGCCCUCCGAGGGCACCGUGGAGAUCCCCAUAGUGGAGAGGGAGGUGCAGAGCCACCAGCCACACUACAAGAUGACCCUGGCCCCUAACUACCGCCUGUCCCCCGAGGAGGGGAAGGUGCUGAGGACCCGUCGGAACCGGCACGCUGAGACUGCGGUCACCCGGUACCGCCUGCUGGCCCGCUCUGCUGCCUGCUCCCUGCUGGAGCUCCAGCCCAUCACUGGGGUGAAGCACCAGCUCCGGGUUCACUUGGCCUACGGGCUGGGCUGCCCCAUCCUGGGGGAUCACAAAUAUUCCCACUGGAGCAAGCUGGCACCCCAGAAACUUCCUGAGAUCACCCUGAAGAGGCUGAAGCUGGAGCAGAGCAAGGCUCGGCACCUCCCCCUCCACCUCCACGCCCACCGCCUCUCCCUGCCCCUGGGCCAGGGGAUCAACCUCGUCUGCAAACCCCCCCUCUUCUUCCAGAAGACCCUGAAGAAGUUGGAGCUGGAGGUCCCUGACGAUUGAGGAGACAGGCAGGGAGUGGGACUGAUGGAGUUUAGGGUCUCUGCUGCUUUCCAGAACCCUCCCGGGUCGGUACCAGUGUUGCUGGCUUCUAACCAGGGAGCUGCCCAUGCUUCCUGCCCUGAUUUGGUGCAGAAGUUGGGCUGGAAAGUCUUGUUUGGACAAACUGGGCUUUGUCCAGGCCAUGUUUUGAGCAAUAAAAGAUGUGGAUCCUGCUGGAGGCCA